CCUUCACAAUUCAAGUCUCGAAAUUAUAUUCAAUAAAAAAAAAAUCAAACUUCUCAAUUCUCUCUCUCUCAAAUCGCAAGUUACAACCAAACCAAGAUGCAGAUCUUCGUGAAAACUCUCACGGGAAAGACAAUCACCCUCGAGGUGGAAAGCUCCGACACCAUCGACAACGUGAAAGCCAAGAUCCAGGACAAGGAAGGGAUCCCUCCGGAUCAGCAGCGUCUCAUCUUCGCCGGAAAGCAGCUCGAGGAUGGUCGAACCUUGGCCGACUACAACAUCCAGAAGGAGUCUACGCUUCACCUUGUCUUGCGUCUACGUGGAGGUAUGCAGAUCUUCGUCAAGACUCUUACCGGAAAGACUAUCACUUUGGAGGUGGAGAGCUCCGACACCAUCGAUAACGUCAAGGCUAAGAUACAAGAUAAGGAGGGGAUCCCACCGGACCAGCAGAGGCUGAUCUUUGCCGGGAAGCAGCUUGAGGAUGGGAGGACUCUUGCUGACUAUAAUAUUCAGAAGGAGUCGACUCUGCAUCUCGUUCUCAGGCUUCGUGGUGGUAUGCAGAUCUUUGUCAAGACUUUGACUGGAAAGACUAUUACUUUGGAGGUGGAGAGCUCGGAUACUAUUGACAAUGUCAAAGCCAAGAUCCAGGACAAGGAAGGUAUCCCUCCGGACCAGCAGCGUCUCAUCUUCGCUGGAAAGCAGCUCGAGGAUGGUCGCACCUUGGCUGAUUACAACAUCCAGAAAGAGUCUACGCUUCACUUGGUCCUCCGUCUUCGUGGUGGUAUGCAGAUUUUCGUGAAGACAUUGACCGGUAAGACCAUCACACUUGAGGUGGAGAGCUCUGACACAAUAGACAACGUGAAGGCCAAGAUCCAGGACAAGGAAGGCAUCCCUCCGGAUCAGCAGCGUCUCAUCUUCGCUGGAAAGCAGCUCGAGGAUGGUCGCACCUUGGCUGAUUACAACAUCCAGAAGGAGUCGACCCUUCACUUGGUCCUCCGUCUUCGUGGUGGUAUCUAAAACCCCCUGUGUUCGGGUUAAAAGUCUUAUGUCUUUUUUUUCUUUUGAAAGCUACUUAUGCUUUGUGUUUUGGGGUUUAUAAAGCCCCUGAUGAAUAAUUGAUGAUCCCUUUGCGUUCUUGUUUCUCUUUCGUUAUAACCCAAGUUGGAACUUUUCUAUUUGUGAAAUAUAUGAGUCGUUGCUCUUUA